AUGACUAGUGCCGUUGAUAAUAAGAAGAGACUUCGAAUUUCAUCUCCUGGCUCCGAUUCGGAAAGUGAAAAGAAGGAUAAUGCUUGUUACGUGUGUGAUGGAAAAGACGAUUGGGUUUUAGUAUGUCAUGGAGAGCAAUGUCUUAUAUCCAUUCAUCAAAGCUGUACAUGUGAUGAACCUGACUUUGAUGAGUUCGGUAAUUUCUUUUGCCCUUACUGUUGGUACAAGCGUCUUGUGCUCAAGUCGUUGAAGCUAAGAGAUAAGCUUUUAGGGAUAGACAAGUCUGGUGUUAGUGAGAAUGUAGCUGAGGGAAAUGUUUCACAAGGUAGAAAGGAAUGUGAUGAUGAAUCGUACGAGAAAUUUAUGGAGAUGGAGAAGGAUCAGAGAAUGAAAGAAGUUGCGGCUGAAACUCAGUCUCAGGAGCUAGGAGGAGGAUUUAGUGAGAAUAAUCACAUUUCUGAAGAGGAUGAACAAAGAGAGCAUCAUCCUAUCUCUACAGACAAUGUUCAAGAGUUAGCUUUGGUCAUCCACCAGCCAAUCGUAGCACAGCCUUUUCGCUCAGUCCCUCCUCCGAAGAACGGAACUGCGCUUCAUGAUCCCAAGCAACGAAAACGUAAAAGAGUAUUUUGGACGCAGGCAGAAGAACAGAUGCUUAGGGUUGGUGUGGAGAAAUUCCCUGGAAUCAGGAAUAUUCCAUGGCGCAAGAUCUUGGAGUUUGGUCGGGAUGUAUUUCACGAAGACCGGGUUCCAAGUGACCUCAAGGACAAGUGGAAAAUGAUUAACAAAAUGUCUGGUAAGCCUUCUCUCAGCUGA